AAUUGGACCUGAAAGCCCCUAGAUAACCGGCUCCAAAUGGAUUGGCGGGUGUGGGAAUCCCCCUCUUACGACUUUCUCUGUGCUUCCUCUUCCCCCGUCCUUUCAGGAGCAGAAAUUCUGCCAGCGGUAUGACCAGCUGAUGGAAGCCUGGGAGAAGAAGGUGGAACGCAUUGAAAACAACCCCCGGCGUCGAGCUAAAGAGAGCAGAGUCCGCGAAUAUUAUGAGAAACAGUUCCCUGAGAUCAGAAAGCAGAGAGAACUUCAGGAACGCAUGCAAAGCAGGGGAGGGCAAAGAGGCAGCGGAUUCUCUAUGUCGGCGGCACGCAGCGAACAUGAGGUGUCGGAAAUUAUCGACGGGCUCUCGGAACAAGAGAAUCUGGAGAAACAGAUGCGCCAGCUUGCCGUCAUUCCACCGAUGCUGUACGACGCAGAGCAGCAGCGCAUCAAGUUCAUCAACAUGAACGGCCUGAUGGACGACCCCAUGAAGGUCUACAAGGACCGGCAGGUGAUGAACAUGUGGAGUGAGCAGGAGAAGGAGACCUUCCGAGAGAAGUUCAUGCAACAUCCAAAGAAUUUUGGUCUUAUCGCCUCCUUCCUGGACAGGAAAACAGUUGCGGAUUGUGUCCUCUACUACUAUUUGACCAAGAAGAACGAGAACUACAAGAACUUGGUGAGAAGGAAUUACCGCCGGCGAGGAAAGAACCAG